UGUUGGAUAAAGGACAUUGUUGUGUCAGUAACUAGAGACAACAUGGAAGCAAUGAAGGGUAUUAUUCAGAAGUACCAGCAUAAGCGCAUCUCACUAGUUGAAGCUGGAGUGACCCGCCACAGGUCAAUAUUCAAUGGACUAAAAGCUCUGGCUGAGGACCAGCCAGACUCCAAGCUCUCGAAGCCGGAAGUAGUGAUUAUCCAUGAUGCUGUGAGACCUUUUGUGGAGGAAGAUAUUCUCCUUAAAGUGGCCACAGCUGCUAAGGAACAUGGGGCAGCAGGAGCAAUUCGCCCUCUUGUAUCCACCGUCAUCAGUCCAUCUGCCGAUGGUUGCUUAGACCACUCCCUGGAACGUGCCAGACACAGAGCAAGUGAAAUGCCACAGGCUUUUCUAUAUGAUGUGAUCUAUGCAGCAUAUCAGCAGUGUAGUGACUAUGACCUGGAAUUUGGAACUGAAUGUUUGCAACUGGCUCUAAAAUACUGUCAUGUCAAAGCCAAACUCGUGGAAGGAUCACCUGAUCUCUGGAAGGUGACCUACAAACGAGAUUUGUAUGCAGCUGAAUCGAUUAUUAAGGAAAGAAUUUCACAACACAUUUGCAUAGUUAUGGACACCAAAGAAGAUGAAGAACAUGUAGGUCAUCAUCUUGAAGAAAUGCUAAAAAAUGAGUUAAAUAAUGUGAAAGUCACAUCUGGGCCUCUGGGUCAAGCUGGCAGAGAUCUUCAGCAAAUCAUCUUAGAGCAAUGCUACAGUUUUGUUUGCGUGAAUGUUAUGACCUCUGCAUUUGAAGAAACCCAGAAACUACUGAAUAUGCUUAAAGAGAGUCAUCUUUCUGUUUUGUAUCCUGUUGUUGUUAUUUCAGUGCAUUUUCUUGAUUAUAAAUCAGUACAUUUUGAUCAUAAAAUGGAAAACCUAAUGCAGAUUAGGGAACUAGCAAAGGAAGUGAAAGAAAGUAAUGUUUUAUUAUGUGGACUUCUCAUAUAUUACCCACAGGAUGAGCAGAAGCUCCAGGACAGUUUAAGGCAAGGGGCCACAAUAAUUGCCACACUCAUCAAAGAGAGAAAUUCUGCAUUCAUUGGUCAGCUACUGAUAGCAUGAAGGACACAGAGAAAAUUGCCUACUGAGUUUAAAGAAAUGUUUAUCUAAGUUCCUCUGUCCUGCUUCCCCUCCCUGUUGUGUGUGGUAGCAUAUUUAAGUUGUCUUUUAUGUCUCAUAAUUUGUAGGAUAUGAUACUUGGGUUAUACAAGUGGAUUAAUGUUUUAUAUUUGUGAAAUAAAAAUUUACUUUCAUGCAUGUCAUAUUUAAAUUGCCCAAACAGAAAAGGAUAGGUAAGUGGAAAAUAAUAGCCUUCAUAUAAUCUUUUUACAAAAGCAUGAAAGAUCAAUAGAAACAAUCAAGUGUGAGCUAAUCCUCCAAGGAAUGAGAACUUAGAAAUCUUGAACUAUUCUCUCUGUGUUAAUUAGUAAAUCACACUGUAAUGAAACUAAUAGAUAAGGUUCAGAAUUAUAUUUCUUUACUUUAAAAUUUUCCUCUCAUCAUUAGAUAUUGACUUGUGUUCUAAUUUUCCAUGCCUUAAAAAACAAAACAUAAAAACAAAUAGAAAACAACAAUAAGAAAUUGUAGGGAUUCUUUAAAUAUAUUCACUAUUGGCCCUCAACAUUACUCAUGAUUCCUAAAUGAGAUGUUAUAUACUCCAUAGAUUACAUAAUUUUUACUCAUUUUAAAAGGUCUCUGAUCUUUCUGAAUGCAUUUAAGAGAAGACUGGAAAACUUCAUAAAAGAGAAGUUAUUUUAGUGAAGCCCAAGUUAGUCUUCAAAAAGACAGGGAGCCAUUGCAAGAAUUUAAUUAUUCUUUUGAUACAGAUACUAUUUUUUAAGUCAAGUUUCUAUUCUUUCAAAUUUCCACUGGUAUGUACAUCUUAAAUACUGAUGAUUUCCCCUAUAUUAAUUACAUUGUAUAAUUAUGUGCAUGCAGUCAUUAGAGAUGCCUUUUACUCCAUAUUUACACUGACUUUCUUACUUUUAUUUUUUAAAUAUAUUUUUUAUUGAUUUUAGAGAGGAGGGGAGAAGGAGAGAGAGAUAGAAACAUCAAUGAUGAGAAAGAAGCAUGAUCAGCUGCACCUGCAUGCCCCCUACUGAGGAUCGAGACUGCAACCCAGGCAUGUGCCCUGACCGGGAAUAGAACUGUGAGCUCCUGGUCGAUGCUCAACCAUUGGGCCACUAGGCUGGGACUGGCUACAUUGACUUUCUAAGAAUAAAAUAGAUCAGAUUAUUCAAGGGCUUAGGCUGCACAUGGAAACUAUAAAAGUUGCAUGAGAUGUUUUCUAUAACAUAUCUACCUAGUGGAAUUUCUUCUUAGCGUGUUGGAUGAGUUUUCCUGUAUUUCUCAAGUAUCUCUCUUAGUAGGAGAGUGUAUGUGUUACAUUUAAGUGAUAGUCGGUAGAAAACAAUGGACAUGGAGAAAAUAUUACAGUUCAUUCCCCUACAUAAAAGGCAUUGUUUCAAUGUAGUUUGGAUCUGAGUUCCUGGGCUUGCUACUUUCUCUCUCGGGAUGUUAAGAAAUAUAAAAUAAAUCAUUUAAUUCAAA